AUGGGCAACACACUCUCAGCAUAUCACCAGUCUCCUCUUGAGGUUGACUUGGGGACCAAAGGAAAGAUCCAGGGUAUUCAGUUUGACGAUAAAUCGCGACGAUAUGCCGGUAUUCCCUAUGCUUUACCUCCCACCGGUGCACACCGCUGGCGGAAGCCUCGCCCAUUGCCGAUAAAUCAUAGCUAUUCGCAUUCCAAUGGGCAGCCUUUCGAUGGAAGCCUCUUUCGCCCUGCUUGUCCCCAAGAAGCAUUCUCAAGUGGGGCAGAAAAGGGUGUGGAACCGCAUGCCUCGAGCGAGGAUUGUCUGCUGUUGAACAUUUGGACACCAGUUGAAGAUCCGAGUGAUCCUGGUAAGAAAUGGCCAGUUGUGCUUUGGCUUCAUGGGGGCUGGUUUCAGCUCGGUGAUCCCCUGCAAGAAGUGGGAAUGGACCCCACUGAGAUGAUUUCUACGGGGAAACUCAAUGCAAUUGUGGUGGGGAUUGGGUACCGACUCAAUGUAUUUGGGUUUUUGGCUAGUGAGGCUCUGCUGGAGGAGAGUAAUGGGGAAAGUGCUGGUAACUUUGGUCUUUGGGAUCAGCGCCUUGCUAUGGAAUGGGUUUAUGAGAACAUUGCUGCCUUUAACGGUGACAUUGACAAUAUCACCCUGGGAGGACGAAGUGCAGGCGCUUAUAGUGUGCAUGCUCAGGUGCUUCAUGACUUCCAGAAAGGGUCACAGACUCAGCUCUUUCGUAGAUUCUAUAUGUAUUCGAAUGCUAUUCCGGCACAGCCUAAGGCCCUUGCAGAUGUUAAUCCGCAGUUUGACGAGCUUUGUAGGUACUUCAAGGUCUCGGAUGACUUGUCGGGUUCUCAAAGGGUUGAAAAGCUUCGAGAAAUCGAUUACAAGGAUCUUGUUUCUGCAAUUCGACAUCUGGAUAACCAUACAUUCCGUCCUGUUACCGACGAUCUAUUUAUUUUCCAGGGAUUCACUGAAUACCAUCGAAGCGGCGCCUUCGCCAAGGAAUUUCGGAAAAGGGGCCUCCGCGUACUUAUUGGAGAGAUGCUCAACGAAGAGACGCUUUAUGCUUCAUACAACACUCCGGAGCCUAACAUCGACUCUCUACGACUGCAAGUUUCUAAUUACUAUUCUCCGGAGACAACCGAUCGAGUUUUAAAGUCAUACGAGCUACCUACAACUGACGACCCAGAAGAAUGGAAGAAAGUCUAUGGGGAUAUUAUCUCCGAUGGACAGGUCCGAGCGCCAACUCGCUGGUUAAUCAAUUCACUCUACAGUCACGGUGUUUCCCUAGGCGACAUUUGGCGAUACAGAGUCGCAUAUAGGUUGUCUUUCAUCACAGACAAAGUCGCCCCCAAAGCUUUUGGUGUCACCCAUGCUAUGGAUAAGCCAUUUUGGAAUUUUGCCAUUAUGCAUGGCCCCACUGAUGCCGAAAGGGGUUUGAUGGAGCGCUGGAUCGGGGCAUUGGUUGCCUUUGUCAACGAUGACAAGGAUUUUGUAUUCGGUACAAGUGCAAUUGACGAAAUGAGAGUCGCAACGCCUGAAUGUAAGAUUGAGGUCCAAAAGGAUCCACGCUGGGAGAACUUAGUCAAACUUGGGGAAACUUUUGCGAAUGAUGUUUAG